AUGGAGCUCGCCGUCAGCGCCGCGAGCUGGGCGGUGGGCAAAGCGCUGGCCCCCGUCACGGGCGGCUUGCUGGAGGCGUGGGCGGCCAGCGAAGGGCUCGGCCCCAACGUCGACGCCCUCAAGGUGGAGCUGCUGUACGCGCAGGCCAUGCUCGAGAACACGCGGGGCAGGGAGAUCCGCAGCCCUUCGCUCAAGGAGCUGCUGAGCAAGCUGCGUCAGCUGGCGUACGACGCCGACGACGUGCUGGAUGAGCUGGAGUACUUCCGCAUCCAGGACGAGCUCGACGGCACCUACCAUGCCGCCGAUGCGCACGCCGGGGGUUGCGUCCACGGCCUCGCCCUCAACGCUCGACACACCGCGAGAGCUGUCGCUGCUAAGCUCAACCUCUGCUCCGGCGGCUCUGCUGGUGACGUGAUCGUUGCCGGUGAUCCUGCUCAGCAAGAUAAAAACGCGAAACAAGGAUGUCUCUCUGCUAGCGUCUGCUCAUGUGGCGGCCGGCAGACGGUCAGCUCCUUACCGCCAUCUCCUACCAACCAGGAUGAUGGCCAGGAGGCUGCACCAGCAUGUGGCAUCAGUAAGCGUCUUCUCUUCUCCCUCCCGUGCUGCUUUUUUAUAUUACCAUCUGUUGGUGCAUGCUCUGACUUGUCCGAGGAUCAUAACAUGACAGGAAAUGGACGGCAAUUCUUGGGUGCUGUCUUGCCUCCUAAGGUGCAACGAUGCUUCUCGGGCGUUUGCUUGUGCCGCAAGCGUGAGACGAGCUCGUCACCACCAGCACCCAGCAACCAGUGCGAAAAGAAGGUUGGCGGUGGAUGUGGAUGCCUGCUCAAAGUCACUUCUACUGCUCGCAGCGCUGCCCAAGUCGUUGGUAAAUGCUUUCCAUGCUGCUCUUUUCCAUCUGACGGCGACGAUAAUACUCACCCUGGCAUGUUGGAGAAAACAAACAUGCCAGAGGAUCAAAGGAGAUUUCUCUGCUGGACGUCCAAGGUACAAAAGGGAAAAAACACUGCACUACCACCAGAACUGAAGUUUAACAGGGUGAACAUCUCUACAAAGAUGAAGGACGUCAUAGAGCAUCUCAAGCCUAUAUGUGCUAAGGUCUCCAACAUUCUGAACCUAGAAUUCAUGGGUACAAACCGUAUCACUGAAAAAGACAUUGCUAAGAAACGGCCUAUAACCACCCCAGAAACUACGGAACCUCAAUUAUAUGGGAGGAAGCAACAAAAGAAAAUAAUACUUGACAUUGCCCGUGGUAACUCUUCUGCUGAUAAGGAACUAGUUGUGCUUCCGAUUGUUGGUCCUGGAGGAAUUGGGAAGACAACUUUUACACAGCACGUAUAUGAAGAACUGAAGAACAACACUUUUGAGGUCGCAAUUUGGAUAUGCGUCUCCCUCAAUUUUAAUGCUGGUAGGUUGGCCCAAGAAGCCGUGAAAAAAGUUCCUAAAGUUGUUAAUGAAAAAGAAAACAGCAGUGUCGAAGAGCUAAUCGAACAAAGAUUGAAAGCUAAGCGGUUUUUGCUUGUACUAGAUGAUAUGUGGGCAUGCCAUGAGGAUGAAUGGAAAAAAUUGUUAGCUCCAUUUAGAAGAGGGGGAGGAAAAGGUAGUAUGGUAAUUGUGACCACUCGGAUUCGUGAGGUGGCAAAAAUGGUUAUUAAGACAGUUCACUGUCCAAUAGAAAUGGAGCGCUUAGAGGGUGAAGAUUUCAUGCAUUUUUUUGAAGCUUGCAUAUUUGGUGGUCAGCAGCCAUGGGAAGGUCACACGGACUUACGUGAGGUUGGGGAAAAUAUAGUGAGCAAAAUGAAAGGGUUUCCUCUUGCAGCAAAAACUGUUGGAAGAUUACUAAGAAGCCAACUUACUUUGGAACACUGGACUAAAGUUCUAGAAAGCAAAGAAUGGGAACUUCAAACCAAUGAUGAUGACAUUAUGCCAGCAUUAAAGCUUAGCUAUGAUUAUCUUCCUUUCCAUCUGCAACAGUGCUUUUACUAUUGUGGUUUGUUUCCUGAAGACUAUGAAUUUGACAGUAAAGAGUUAGUUCACUUGUGGAUAGGACUAGAUAUUGUACAACCAUGCGACCUGACCAGAAGAAUUGAAGAUGUUGGCUUGAACUAUUUAAAUGGCUUGGUUAAUCAUGGGUUUUUAAAAGAGAAUGAAAGAAAGGAUGGUUCUCCUUAUUAUGUUGUCCAUGACCUACUACAUAAUUUGGCAGUGAAUAUUUCGUCAUUUGAAUGUCUCAGCAUAUGUAGUUCCAAUGUUAAGUCAAUACAGAUUCGCCAAGAUGUACGUCACUUGUCUAUCAUUGUAGAUAACAAGGAGGUCGAGGACAUAAAUACUUUCAAGUAUUAUAAAGAUGACUUGAGUGUACUUGAUAAAAGAUUGAAUGUUGAAAACCUCCGUACUUUGAUGGUGUUUGGGGAACACAGUGGAAGCUUUGCCAAGACUUUUUGUGAUUUAUUUGAGAAAGCUAGAGCCCUUCGUGCUAUUUAUUUAUUUGGAGCAUCGUCAUAUGCUAUGAAGGACAUGUUGAACAAGCUUCCAAAGCAUAUUCAUCUUCGUUACCUAAGGAUCAAAUCGACUGAUGGCACAGAAGACAUAGACUUUAAUCUUAGUGCUCUGACUAGACUUUAUCAUUUAGAGGUCAUAGAUAUGCAGGAAUUCAAAGGUCACUGUGGUUUCACUUUCACAAGACAUAUGAGCAACCUUGCAAAGUUGCGUCACUUUUUGGUGCCACAGGAUAAGCUUCAACUUCACUCUAACAUAGUUGAGGUGGGAAAACUAAAAUUAUUGCAAGAGUUAAGGUGGUUUGAAGUUGGAAGAGAGACUAAGGGUUUUGAACUAAGUCAGCUUGGUCAAUUGUCAGAACUUGGAGGUUCACUUUCCAUUAGUAGUCUUGAAAGGAUACGAGCAAUGGAGGAUGUGCAUGAGGCAAGAUUGAAACAAAUAAAACAUUUGCACAAGCUAACACUAGAAUGGGAUGCCAAUCGACCUAAGAAAGAUACCAUACAUGAAGAAAACGUAUUGGAGAUUCUUAUACCACCUAGUGCUCUUAAAGACCUUUGCAUUAGAGGCCAUGGAGGUACUAAAUGCCCACAAUGGCUAGGUGAGAACCUCUCUGUCAAAAAAUUGGAAUCGCUUCAUCUAGAUGGUGUAGCUUGGAAUAUAUUUCCACCUAUAGGAGAGUUCUCUCUAGUUAAUGAGCCGCGUGAAGAAAUUUCGAAUAAUAAUAUCUGCCAUGAUAAGUUUCAAAAUUUGAAGAGACUGGAACUAGUUAUGCUACCAAGUUUAAGAAGCUGGAUUGUCAAGGCACCUUGUCAUCUGUUUGCUCAAUUGGAGGUGCUUGUCAUUAGGGAUUGCUUUGAACUCACAGAGUUGUCAUUUUCCCAUUCGACCUGCUGUCAACAACAGAAAGAGGCAAAGAUAAAUUGGUUUCCUAGACUACGGGAGCUCAACAUUGAAGACUGUCCAAAAUUGUUGUCCUUUCCUCCUGUUCCUUGGACUACAACUCCAUGCUCGGUUAGGAUAAAAGGAGUUGGUUCAUACCUUGAGAAACUUGUUUGUGAAGAGGAUUACAAAUAUGAAUAUAGCUUGGUAAUUGAGAUGAAGGAUGCUCUGGUUAGUGAGUUAUGGAAUGUGUUGGCCUUUGAUAGUCUAACUGAACUGAAAGAGUUGAAUAUGGAUAGAUGCCCUCCUCUCCCUCUGCAUCACUUCCAAAUGCUAUCAUCCCUAAAGAGCCUCACGUUAUACAGAGGUUCAAGUAUUGUCUUCCCGCUGGUAGAAGGUGAGAGGCAUGCCGAAUAUCAAUCUCCAGCUGAAUGCAUUACUGUUAGUGGGUGGGAUGCUAGUGCGAAGGAAUUGACACAGGUAUUGACUUAUUUCCCCAACCUCUCUGAACUGAAUGUGUGGUCGGGCAAGAAGAUUACAGGGCUAGCUGUAGUGGAGAAGCAGGCAACAGAAACACCUGCGCUGGUAUCUUCAGAUAAUAAAGUAGACGACGAUGUAGAAAUCGAGCAGCAGGAAGGCACAAGAGGAGAGGAGGAAAUAGACGCAUCAUCAGCAGAAGGGCUGCUGCUCUUGCCUUCCCAACUACAGAAGUUGUGGAUAAUCGACUGCCCAGAGCUGAGCCUCAGCUCAUGCUCCGGUCCAGCCGACUACAAGUACAACAAAGAAGCAGGACGAACUAGUCCAGGAAGAGGGCUCCAAGGUUUGCGCUCCCUCCGAUCGUUGAAGAUCUGGUAUUGCCCCAGGUUCCUCUCCUCCUAUUCGUCAUCCUCCUCUUCUUCGUGUUUCCCCUUCCCACCCUCCCUGGAACACCUCUCUCUUGAUGGCGCGGUGGGCACGGCCACGCCGUUGCCUCUCUCAAACCUCGCCUCUCUCACAGAUUUAAACAUACGGGGACGUGGGGAAUUAAGAGGCGAGGGACAGUGGCAUCUCCUCGCGCAAGAUCGUCUCACCAAAUUAAACGUCCGCGGAACCCCCAAUUUCUUCGCUGGUCCCGAGCCCCCGCUGCCCCAUGAACAAGAGUUCCCAUCCUCUUCCUCCAAACUGCAAGUGCUUAAGACGGAUGACGUCGCGGGCGUCCUUGCCGCGCCCAUCUGUACCUUGCUCUCUCCCUCGCUCACCGAUUUGAGAUUUUGUUGGGACGAAGAGGUGGAUCGCUUCACAAAGGAGCAAGAGGACGCCCUUCGGCUCCUCACCUCUCUCGAGGAGAUCACAUUUAAGGUGUGCAACAAGCUGCAGGGCCUCCCUGUAGGGCUUCAAGGACUACGCAACCUCAAGAGAUUAAACAUCUGGUGUUGUGAGGCCAUCCGGUCGCUGCCCAAGGAUGGCCUCCCAAUUUCACUGCAAGAGUUGAAACUAAGCUAUUGUCCAGCCAUCCAGUCUCUCCCCAAGGACUGCCUCCCAAGUUCACUGCAAAAAUUAGUGAUCUCUUACUGCCGAGCCAUUCGAUCGCUGCCCAAGGUGAGUGACCUACCAAGUCCACUCCGAGAAUUGGAUGUCCGGGGUAGCGAAAACGAGGAGCUAAGAAGGCAGUGCCGCAAGUUGAUUGGAAUCAUUCCAGUUGUCUACGCCUGA